AGAGAGUGAGAGAAACCGAGAGAAAUGCCGAAUCAAGGGCGGUAGCUUCGAAUUCGUUUUGUUUCUCUCAAUCAACAAAGCUCUUGUGCUUUCUCUUCUUCUACUUCUCGCUUUCUUCUUCUCUCUCUCUUUUUUUUUUUUCUUCUGUUUUUGGAGAGUAGUAGAUCAGUUGAAGAUGGAGGUGUCGAUGGAUGGAAAGGAGAAGACCCAAAAGUCAUCCAUAGUAAAGGGUGGCAUAAGAACCAUGCCCUUCAUCAUAGCAAAUGAAAGCUUUGAGAAGGUUGCAAGUUAUGGACUUCUGGCGAAUAUGAUUCUAUACUUAACUGGUGAAUAUCAUAUAACUAUCGCUACCGGAGCAAGUAUCUUAUUCAUUUGGUCAGCCACAACGAAUUUCACCCCAAUCUUAGGGGCUUUCCUCUCAGAUUCUUACUUGGGUCGAUUCCGGGUCAUUGGAUUGGGAUGUAUCAUCAGCCUUCUUGGGAUGAUUCUACUAUGGUUGAGUGCGAUGCUUCCAGGAACAAAACCACCCGCAUGCCACUAUCCAUCCAAAGACUGCAAAUCGGCAACACAUUCCCAAAUUGCCCUCCUGUUUUCUGCUUUUGCACUCAUGUCUAUCGGAGCUGGAGGGAUCCGGCCUUGUUCCUUGGCCUUUGGUGCAGAUCAGCUGGACCGACCACAAAACCCCAACAACGCCAGGGUUUUGCAGAGUUUCUUCAACUGGUACUACGCGUCGGUUGGUGUAUCUAUCAUGCUUUCUGUGACUGUGAUCGUCUACAUUCAAGACAACAAGGGAUGGACGGUGGGAUUUGGAGUACCUACCAUUCUCAUGUUCUUCUCUUCCCUUCUCUUCUUCUUGGGCUCUCCUUUCUAUGUCAAAGCCAAGGCCCACAAGAGCUUGUUUACUGGAUUUGCACAAGUGAUCACCGUUGCUGUUAAGAAUAGACGGCUGGAUUUCCCCCCCAUGGAAGUCGACGGAUGGUAUCACCACUCCAAGGGGUCAGAUCUUGUGGCCCCCACCAACAAACUAAGGUUCCUCAACAAAGCUUGCAUCAUUAGAAAUCCAGAGAAGGACAUAAAAGCUGAUGGAUCAGCUGAAAAUCCCUGGAACUUAUGCACGGUUGAGCAAGUUGAAGAUCUGAAAUCACUGAUGAAGCUAAUCCCCAUAUGGUCCAGUGGCAUCAUGAUAGCUGUGACUAUCAACCAGCACUCAUUUCCUGUACUCCUGGCUAAAACCAUGGACCGCCACAUUGGACCCAAGUUCCAAAUCCCAGCUGGAUCCUACAGCGUAUUCGCCAUCCUCACCCUAACGAUAUGGGUCGCCAUCUACGACCGCAUUGUUGUCCCCUUACUAGCUCGUGUCACAGGCAUACCACGCGGCAUUGGCCACAAGCAGCGCAUGGGAAUUGGACUACUAAUCUCAUGCGCCGCGACCGCAGUUGCAGCCAUGGUGGAGUCCGCCCGGAGGCGGACCGCGAUUCGGCAAGGGUUCGCGGAUCAAGGACUAGCCGUGGUUAACAUGUCAGCUAUGUGGCUAGUUCCACAGCAUUGCCUGACUGGGUUAGCUGAAGCUUUUAAUGCAAUUGGGCAGAUUGAAUUUUACUACUCUGAGCUUCCAAAGACAAUGUCUAGCAUUGGAAUAGCUCUAUUUUCACUGGGGAUGGGUGUUGGGAACUUGUGUGGUAGUCUUAUUAUAGGGAUAGUGAAUGAUGUUACUAAAGGGGGGUCACAUGAUAGCUGGGUUUCUAAUAACCCUAACAAGGGCCACUUUGAUUAUUACUAUUGGGUUCUUACUAUCUUGAGUUUUAUUAAUUUUUUUUAUUUUAUUUUUUGUGGGUGGAUUUAUGGACCUUAUAAGGCUGAUGGAACUAAGGUUUUGGAUGAUAAGGAAGAUGAGAUUAUAGUAGAAGAAUUGUCUAAGUCUAGGGAACUAGCUGUUAUUAUUUGAGUUGGGUUGUACUUUUGAGUUGUUGUUUUUUUAUCAUAGAGAAAAAGUAUAGUCAAGAAAAGAAAUCCUAAGAUAGAUGUAAAAACAUUUACUUUUUUUCCUUUUUUUUUUUUUUUUUUGGAGUCUUAUGUAUGUGUUUGGAAAUGAAGUUAUGAAAUGCAAAUGUAUUGGGUCUUUA